AGAUACUUCUGGUAAUUUUCACGUAUUUUGCGGAGGCACGCCGUGAACGGACAAGGGGAGAACGAAAUGGCAGGGCGCGGGAAAAGAAAACCAAAAUCUGAACCCCAGAAUACAGAAUCAGCCAAUGGAGACGGUAAAAAAUCGCGUGGAGGAGAGACAGAGCUAGACUCUACUUCACCUAUUUGUGAUGUGCCAGCGGCGGUGAAAGAGGAAGUGGAACGGCUGUACAAGCUACGUAUGCCAGACGACUUUUAUCACUUCUGGGGCUUCUGUAGGCGGCUGUCAGCAGAAAAUCCACGGGAUGCCCUCAGAGAAACUCUGGGACUGCAGCUUGUUGGGCCUUUUGACAUUCUCUCUGAAAGGCACAAAGACUGCUCAAAUACCCAGCCCAACUACCACCUGCACUGCAGGUACUUCUAUGACCCACCUGAGCUUCAGACCAUACUACAAGGAAGUGCUGAAACUCAAUACCAUAUGGGCUACUUCAGAGAUUCUCCUGAAGCCUUACCAGUUUGUAUUGGAGAAAACGAAGCCAAGAAAGGCUACUCCAUCAAACAAAUGGGGGACAAUCUCUUCGGAGCUGUUCUAUUGUUCCUGGUGAGGAAGAGGAAAGAGCGAGGUAGGAAGGAUGAACCUGCCCUGCGGAGUCUGGAGGAGGAACUGAGACAAGCUGCAGAGUCACUGGGUCUCCCCUUGGAGCAGAAAACCAAAGGCAUGAAGCUGAGAGACAAGAAGGUUGUCACAAAGACAUUCCAUGGAGCAGGUAUUGUUGUUCCUGUUGACAAGAAUGAUGUUGGAUACAGGGAGUUACCAGAGACAGAUGCCGGACUGAAGAGGAUAUGCAAGGCCAUAGCUGAGGCCAAAAACGAUGAGGAGCGGAUGAAGGCCUUUGCGCCCCUUCAGGAGAUGAUCACUUUUGUCCAGUUUGCUAAUGAUGAGUGUGAUUAUGGCAUGGGCUACGAGCUGGGAAUCGACCUCUUCUGCUAUGGGUCCCAUUACUUUUACAAAGUGAUCCGUCAGCUAUUGCCCCUGGCCUACAACCUCCUGAAGAGGGGUCUCUUUGGUGAGAUCCUGGAAGCCCACCUCACUAACCGUUCCCAUGACAACCUGGACCAGCUCACGCCUGCCUGAGAGAGGUCAGCAGAAUAAAACAAAGCCGAGUGAAUGAAAUGAACAGGAUUGUGGUUCUCAUAAGCUGCUGCUGCUAAGCAUUUGUCUGUACUAUGUCCUUAUUGUGAUGGUCAUGUUGUUGUUUUUCAGUACUUACUUUUUUGUUGUUGAUGUUCAAAGGUGGAUCUCUAAUAAAUUGUAUAUUUU